AUGCUGUGUGGUGGACUUCAGACGUCGCCGCGGCUGAUGGCUCGUAGCAUCGCAGGGCCACAAGUUCUCGGUGCUGAGGUGCCAUCCUUUCGCAGUUUCCCGUACCGGGCCCAGGAGACGUUGUACCUGUACCGACACUUUCUCCAGCUUAUUUACCACCACUACGGGCCCGAGGAGCGCAAGGACUUGCUGUUUCGGCUGCGCAAUGAGUUCUCCAGCAAGCGACACCUGCGAGGCCCUCGUGCCAUCUCGGCGGCGCUGAAGCGUGGGGAGGGGAUGCUUGCACUGCAGCGCCAACUCCUUCAAUCGCGCGAGGUCCGCCGGGGAACGUCACGCGAUGGUGGGGCGCAGAGUGUCGACGCACUGUGGGAUCAGUUCCAGGUUGUUUCCGGGAACGUGCUGCCUGGCCUCCGCAACUAUGAAAAUUCGCUCCCCGUCUCGAACGGGAGCUACGUUACACAGGCGAGCACGAAUAACGUGUACUCGCGCCGCCGAUGA